CCCCCCCCCCCACACACACACACACACGCCCCCACUUUCAGAGCUGCAUCUUCUCCUUCAGUCGCUGGUGAACCUCUCAGCAGAAGCGAUACGUGAAGUCUUCACCUGAAUUGGAAAACAAACAAAACAAACCAACGGGUGGCCUCCACAUCCAAUUUGGCUGCAGUGAGGCUCUACGUCCGGUCCUGCGUCUGCAACCGACUGACUAGUCUACUUUGAAGAAGGAUCUUCUUUUUUCUUCAUUUCAUCAGCAGUGACCUUUGCAAUGUGGCCCCUUUGGAAGCGCUUUUGCGCGCUGUGCACCUCGAAGACGGCGCACGCCAGCUGGCUGCUGAUGCUGCUGCUGCUGUGCCUUGCGCAAGCCGCCUCCGGUGCCGCCCCCACCGACGCCGAGGGCGCUGAGCUGCGGGAGAAGGAUGCACUGUGCCACCCGCGCGGGUGCCUCGCCGUCUUCAUGCAGCGGAGAACCUUCCGAGAGGCGGGACGCGGCUGCCGGGAGCGUGGCGGCACCCUAGCCACGAUGCACGACCGCCAGACAGCCGACUACGUCCACCAGUUGCUGGCGGAGGCCGAGCCGCGCGGCGCCCGCCUGCGCCUGCGCCUUUGGAUCGGCUUGCACCGCGCGCCGCGCCAGUGCUCCGCCACGCGCCCACUGAGGGGAUUCGUCUGGGUCACCGGUGACCAGGAAGGACAGUUCACCAACUGGAUGCGCGAGGAGGCGGUGGGCACGUGCGCGGCACCGCGCUGCGUGGCCAUGGCCAUGACUGUGAGCACAGCUGAUGGGACCCGCCUCAACACCGACGACACCGACAACUUCAAGUGGUUGGACGGCUCUUGUGGCCUGGCGCUGGACGGCUACGUGUGUCAGUACCCCUCCAAGGGCAUGUGCCCACCAGUGGAGGAUGAGGGGUACGGCCCGGCCUUCUACUCGACGCCCUUCCAGCUGACCAGCCGGUUUCUGAGCCACGUGCCGUUGGGCUCGGUGGCCGCCCUCACCUGUCCGGCUGGAACCUCGGACAGCGCUACCGGCGACCAGACGGUGCUGUGCAUGCAGAGAGACGACGGGUCGGUGGGCUGGUCUCGGGACGCGCCGCUGUGCGGGGCUAGCGCGGCACCGCCCGACCAGGACUUGUGCAGCGGCGACCACGGGUGCCAGCAGCACUGCCAAAACACCAACUCAGACUAUUACUGCUACUGCUCGGAAGGUUACACGCUUGCCGAGGAUGGCUACAACUGCGAGCUGGACCAGGUAGCCCCCACCGACCUUCCAGAGCUUUCCUCUCCAGAUCAGCCCAGCAAGCCGCCGAGCGUCAAAGCAGCGUGCGUGGCCAUGGGCUGCGAGCACGACUGCGUGGAGACGCCCCGAGGGGUCCGCUGCACGUGUCCCCCGGGGUACCAAAUGGGCCCGGAUGGACGUCGGUGCUCUGACGUGGACGAGUGUCAGCAGCAGCCAUGCUCGCAGGCGUGCGUCAACGUGCCCGGAACCUUCCACUGCGCGUGCCACGCCGGCUACCAGGCCGACGACGAGGGCGAGUGCGUGGAUGUGGACGAGUGCGAGGAUGAGGGCAGCUGCGAGGGCGCCUGCCAGAACACCCAGGGCUCCUUCACCUGCGCCUGCCGCUACGGUUACCAGUUAUCGGAAGACGGCACAUGCCAGGACGUGGAUGAGUGCGUGGGGGCGUCACCCUGCCAGCAGCAGUGUCUCAACUACUUAGGCAGCUACCAGUGUUACUGCGACGUCGGCUAUGAACUACAGGCCGACGGACUCAACUGUCAGCCGAUGCCCGCCGACGAAGAAUACUCCACUUUGACCCCGGACCCCACCGACCCGGCCCACGGAUCAGACUGGGACCGUGACGGCUCGCACAACGCUGGCCCACACUUUGACGUCCAGUGGCUAACGACCACCUCCAACGAGCGCCUGAACGACUGGUACCCUUCGUCGAGGCGGUACCGGACGGAGCGUCCGCCCGAGGCGGGGCGAAGCGACGGCGAAGGACUACGCCCCACAGCCGGAGGUCAAGAAGGUGAAGACGAAAGCGGCCGUGACAAGAGCAAACAAGACAAGAGCUGGCUGCUGGUGGCGCUGCUGGUACCGCUGUGCGUGUUCCUGGUGGUGAUGUUGGCCCUGGGCAUAGUCUACUGCACCAGCUGCGCCGUGGACAAGAACAUGCGUGUGUCAGAAUGCUGCCGCUGGAUCCUCCCCGGGCCACAGCCCGAAAACGUUCAGCCUGAAGCGCGAGCGUGACGCUGAUGGGGGACACUGUCCUGUAAUAUGGUCACGUGUCACAUGACGAUGUUUCAUGAACACAUCGCAGGAGCAUUUUCCAUGACCAUGUCACAAGGUCAGGUGACAAGUCAUAUGGCAUGUUGAUGAUAUGUGGUUAUGUGAUGUGGUCAUGUGCCGAUAUUGGUGAUGAGACAAGACCAUAGCACUUGUGGAACACUGGUUGUGAGAGAUUGGUCACGUGACAUGGUCCCGUUGCAAGGUCAUAUGAUGUUGGUCUCUAAACAUUUGUCAUGUAACAUGGUCAUGUCAUUCAUGCCACAUCACAUUGUCAUGUGGUCUGGUCAUGCAACAUGAUCAUGUAAAUGUGGUUAUGUGACUCGUCAUUAGUCAUGUAGCAUGGUGACGUGACAUUGGUUAAGUGACAAUGGUCUUUUGACAUGGUCACGUAACAUGUGCCACGUUACAUGAUCAUGUGACAUGACCAUCAUAAAGCCAGCACUAACUUUCUGUCUCUCCCACAAUUUUUGUAAAUAAAUCAUUUCCAUUUCAUUUUGAAACACAAUAAAAGUGACUUUAAGAAAACCA